AUGGCCGGGAGGACAGGACAGGGACGGCAGAGACAUAACGUGACUGGAGGUUCUUCAUCAGUGGUCCUGUCCACAGCCAGCUCCUUCCUCUGUUGGCUCACCCUGCUGUCAAUAAUGCGGUUGCCAAUGGUAACAGCUGACUGCUGGCUUAUCGAAGGCGAGAAAGGCUUUGUGUGGCUGGCUAUCUGCAGUAUGAACCAGCCGCCGUAUGAGACCAUCCCCUCCCACAUUAACAGCACUAUUGUGGAUCUGAGGCUGAAUGAGAACAAGAUUCGGUCGGUCCAUUUUUCUUCACUCAGUCGCUUUGGCAACCUCACCUAUCUGAACCUCACCAAGAACGAUAUCAGCUAUGUGGAAGACGGAGCGUUCUCAGCACAAUUCAACCUGCAGGUUCUCCAGAUGGGUUUUAACAAGUUGAGGAACCUGACAGAGGGGAUGCUGCGAGGUCUGGGCAAGCUGCAGUAUCUCUACCUGCAAGCCAACCUCAUCGAGACUGUUACACCCAACACCUUCUGGGAAUGCCCCAACAUAGAGAAUAUAGACCUCUCCAUGAACAGGAUCCAGGUGCUGGAUGGCAGUUUGUUCUCUGGACUCUCUAAGCUGACCACUUGUGAACUUUACACCAACCCCUUCCACUGCUCUUGUGAGCUGCUGGGUUUUGUGCGCUGGCUCUCAGCCUUCCCCAACAGGACCAGUGAGAGGAUGGUGUGCGACUCUCCUCCAGGAUUUUCCGGCUACACCCUCCUGAGCCAGAACCCCCGCAUGCCUGCCCUGCGCAACGCACUGAACGCGCUCAGUCAGGUAUGCACAGAAGACGGUAGUAGCGUGACAUCCUUUUAUGUUAUUAGCCCGCAUGAUUCCACCACCCCCCCCUCAGAUUUUGCCUCUCCCUGCGGAUUGGACGAUUGUGCUUCAGGGACCCCUCCUGAUGAUGUAAUUAGUUUAAGCCCCAUUUUCUCUGACCCCAAUCCCAUCAUGACGCUAAAGCAGAUGCGACAUUCAAGUGCCGUGAUUACGGUUCAAAUUCCCCAUCCGUACAGGAAAAUGUACAUCCUGGUGCUUUAUAACAACAGCUUCUUCACAGAUAUCCAGAAUCUGAAAAAUCAAAGAGAAGAUAUUGAGCUCAAGAACUUAAAACCUAACAUCGACUACAGGUACUGUGUGGCUUCUAUACGAAACUCCCUGCGGUUUAACCACACCUGUCUGACCAUCUCCACUGGCCGCCGGGCUGGGGCUGAGAGGAUAGCCAAUCAGUCGUCAGCCACCCACUACAUUAUGACGAUUUUGGGCUGUUUGUUUGGCAUGUUACUCUUCCUUGGCCUAGUUGUCCACUGCCUGAGGAAGAAGAGGAUCAUGCAGGAGAAGGAGAGGAAGAUGAGCAGGAUCCAAAGGACUCUGAUAGAGCUCAAGUAUGGUGGAGAAGAGGGUAUAGAGGGAGGUAGUGGAGGAUCUGUUUCCCAGAAGCUUGGUGCUGGGGACAGUCUGUCCAGAAUGCCCUACCUUCCUCAGGGUGGUGAGAUUGAUCCAUACAAGCUGCAGGAGGUGACAGAAACACCGGUGCACAAGCCUGCUAAACUUAACUACAUGGAGGUGAGAGGGCCUGGCAUUGAAAGGGAGAGAGAACGAGAACGAGAACGAGAACGAGAACGAGAGCGAGAAAGAGAGAUGUCACCACAAGCAAAUCCCCAGGGUUCAGUAGCAGAGAUCUCAACCAUCGCUAAAGAAGUUGAUAAAGUGAACCAGAUCAUCAACAACUGUAUAGAUGCUCUGAAAUCUGAGUCUACCUCCUUUCAACAGGGGAUCAAAUCCCCCUCUUCUGCAGGAGGAGGGGCUGUUUCUACUGCAGAGCCACAGCUGGUGCUUCUCUCGGAGCAAGGAGAGAGAGAAAGAGGAAGUGAGUUCCUCUCCCCGGUGUACAAGGGAGGAAGAGGAGGGCGAGAAGACAGGGGGAGAAGCUAUCAUCAUUCUCUGCAGCGACACCACAGCGUGGAGGCACCUCCGGCCUCCAAAAGGCCCAGCACCUCCUCUUCUCCUGGCUCUGCCCGGAGCCCUCGCUCAUUCCGCUCCGAGGGAGGCUACCACUCGUCAGAGACCCGCUAUAUCGAGAGGACCUCGCCCGGGGAGAGAGGGGAAAGGGGAGGCGGGGGAGGAGAGGCCAUUCGUACAGUCAACCCGGCAGCGGCCAUCCUACGAGCUGAAGCCCAGAGAAUCCGCCAGUACAAUGAACACCGUCACUCCUAUCCCGGCUCCCAGCAGCACCUCCAGGAGAUGCAGCACCACCCCCAGAUCCUGCAGGAGCUCCACCACCACCCAGGGGGCCGUAAGCCCUCCAUGUUAGACCCCCUCACCCUCAACAGGCAGGCCAAGCAGCGGGAACUGGCCUACUCCCAGCUCUCGCCACACUACCCGCUCUCACCCCAGUACCACAACCUCAGCUACUGCUCCAGCCCAGACGAAGACGAGGAGGACGAAGGGCUGCUCUGCACCCCGACCCUGGGGCUGUGGGAGAGGUUCAAACUGCACCGGAAGAGGCACCGGCAGGCGUCCAUGGAGGACGAAGGAUACGUGGCAGCCGGACACGCUCUGAGGCGAAAGGUUCAGUUUGCCAAGGAUGAGGAUCUUCACGACAUACUGGACUACUGGAAAGGUGUGUCCGCCCAGCAGAAGACCUGA